ACUCGCGCUCCAUAAUAUUUAGUCUCACAGACGCUUGCUGCGUGUCUCGUGUGUUGUCUCCUGUCGUGUCUGUCACAUCCAGAGCCUUUUACGCACGGGCUCUCAGACCUGACUGUUUGACAUUUGUCUUUACUUUGGCUGUGUAAUUAAGGACAGACAGGGAGGACGGGAAAUGUUUGGGAUGUGGAGGACACUCGCAGGACUGUCCACAUGCUGGUGUGUCCUGGUGCUGAUUCAGUUUUCGACUCCAUCAGAUGCAGCGUUCACGUGCAGCUCCACUCAGCUCAAGUGUGGAAAUGGGAGGUGUGUGACACGCAAGUGGAUCUGUGAUGGAACUGACGACUGUGGUGAUGGAACUGAUGAACUGCCUGAGACCUGUGCGACCAAAACCUGUCUGGAGUCAGAGUUCAACUGUGGCCUCCCCACGAACCAGUGUAUCUCGGGAAAGUGGCACUGCGAUGGAGCAAACGACUGUGACAACGGGGCCGACGAGAAGAACUGCACGGCCAAAGAGUGUAGCGCUGAAGAGUUCCGUUGUGCCAACGGCCAGUGUAUAUCCAAAUCCUUCGUCUGCGACAGUGAGAACGACUGCUCGGACGGCUCGGACGAGGCCUCAUGUCUCAAGCCCACGUGCAACUCGCGAUCCUUCCAGUGCCACAACUCGGUGUGCAUGCCAAGUAUGUGGCGCUGCGAUGGCGACGAGGACUGCGCGGACGGCUCAGACGAGUGGCCGGAGAACUGUGUGGGAGAGCAGCCGAAGAAAACGGAAGCGCUCUGCCAGAGUCACGAGUUUCAGUGUGCCAACGGGGAAUGUAUCCACGGCAGCUGGAGGUGUGACGGAGGCACGGACUGCCGGGAUCGAUCGGACGAGAGCAACUGCAGUCGAGCUACUUGUAGUCCGGAUGAAUUCCAGUGUAAUGACGGCACCUGCAUCCAUGGCAGCCUCCAAUGUGACAAACGGCCCAACUGCAGGGACGUCAGUGAUGAGAUCGGCUGCAACAUAGAAAAUGCAUGUGAAGGUCCGACUAAGUUCAAAUGUAGCAGUGGGGAGUGCAUCAGCGCGGAGAAGGUGUGUGACGAACGGAGAGACUGCGCGGACGCUUCUGAUGAACCUGUCAAAGAGUGUGGCAACAACGAGUGUCUGACAGAAAACGGUGGCUGCUCCCAUGUUUGUAGCGAUCUGAAGGUCGGCUACAACUGCUCGUGCCCUUCUGGGUUCAGUCUGAAGGUGGACAAGAGAACGUGUGAAGACGUUGAUGAAUGUGCUCAGCCAGACAUUUGCAGUCAGAUUUGCAUCAACUUGCCAGGCAGCUACAAGUGCGACUGCAAGGAUGGCUUUGAAAUCGACCCCGCGACCAAAACAUGCAAGGCUGAAUCAGGCACUGUGCCAACCCUGUACUUCACCAACAGACAUGAGGUGAGGAAGAUGACAGUGGACCGCAGGGAGUACGUCCAUGUGAUCCCACAGCUGAAAAAUGCAGUUGCUCUGGACAUGGACAUGCCAAACAAGAUAAUGUUCUGGUCCGACUUAUCUCUGAAGAAAAUCUACAGCUCCAGCAUCGACUUGGCGAGUAACUCCUCUUAUCACUCUGUGGUUAUUGGGAGUGACAUCGAGGCUCCAGAGGGCAUUGCAGUUGACUGGCUCCACGGCAACAUCUACUGGACUGACAGCGUUAUGAAGACCAUCUCUGUAGCAACAACAGACGGCAGCAAGAGGAAGACCCUCAUUACAGAAAACCUGGAAAAGCCGAGAGCCAUCACCGUGGACCCAGUAAAUAACUUCAUGUACUGGACAGACUGGGGUGAGGAGGCUAAGAUAGAGAAGAGUGGAUUGAAUGGAGCGGAUCGUGUUACUCUGGUGACAAAUAACAUCGUGUGGCCCAAUGGCAUCACCCUGGAUAUGCUCAACCAGCGUCUGUACUGGGUGGACUCCAAGUUGCACACACUCUCCAGCAUUGACGUGAACGGCGGCACAAGACACACUGUCAUUUUUGACUUGGAAAGACUCUCCCAUCCUCUUUCCCUCGCUGUGUUUGAGGAGAAAGUGUUUUGGACCGACACAAGCAAUGAAGCUGUUUUUAGUGCCAACCGUCUGACAGGAAAGGAUAUUACUGAGCUGGCAGGGAACCUGAACCAUCCAGAGGACAUCAUCCUCUACCACAACCUCAAGCAGCCCAGCGGUCUGAACUGGUGCAGCGGAAGUAACAGAAUGAAUGGAGGGUGUGAGUUCCUGUGCCUCCCCGCUCCCCAGAUCAACCAGCGCUCUCCGAAGUACACCUGCGCCUGUCCCGAUCACAUGACCUUGGGAACUGACAUGAGGACGUGCGUGACAGGCGCAGUCGUCCCUCCUGUCGAAGACAAAGGUGAUGCGUCGCUCCCAGCUACAACCACCACCAAGCCCACGACACCCAAACAGCCUGUCCCCACUACAACAACAACGACAACCGACAUCAGAGCAACAGAAAAACUCUCAACUAUCUCAGCCUUUAAGACCACGCAGGGAACACAGCAGUCGUCUGCCGACGCUCAAGGUAACAGAGCAUCCAUGCCCAAAGAGGCCCCUGCCUCCCACCCCAUUGCUCUCUAUGCCGUGUUGCCUAUAAUGCUCAUCACCGUGCUGGUCGUUGGAGCAAUGUUGCUGAGGAGACGCUGGCGUCUGAAGAACACCAACACCAUCCACUUUGACAAUCCGGUGUACCAGAAAACCACCGAGGACGAGGUGCACAUCUGCAGGAACAGCUCCGAUGGCUAUGUUUAUCCUCAGAGGCAAAUGCUGAGCAUGGAGGACAUGGAUAUUGCAUAAUCGAAAGAUGAAGACGGGUUUUAUUGGAUGUGAUUUGAAGCAUCACAUGACAUUUUUCUGCACAACUGUUGCCUCCCUCCCCCAGUACCUCAUUCUGUGGCGGAUAUUUCUAACCUCAGCACUGUGCCGUCCAAUUUUGAAGAAACAACUUAAAAAAAGAGGGGAGGGGAAAAGAUUCUUUCAAACUUUUUUUUACAACAAAAUAGAGCAGAACUACAGGAAGCCGGUAAUUCAGACCACAACGCGGCUUCAAAAUGAAGGACUACUGCCUAGUUUUACAAGAUUAUCUCUCUGGUCACAGGCUACAUGAAGCAUCUUCUUUCUAAGGAGGUGCAGAAGAGAUUUCAGCUUACCGUCAACACACCGCCUCGGUUUGAUGAUUAAUACAUGUGCAUUACAAUCUUUCUUCAAUGUCUUUCACUUGGAAAGUCUGACCUUUACUGUCUUAACUCAUACGUGUGCCUUCUAUCCACUCUGGUGGUUUGGUGAAGUUUGUUGGAUGUCGAUACACUAAAUGCCUUCACUGACCUCACUACCUUCCAAACCAGUUUCUGUGGUAAGUCAGUGUUUUAGUGCUUUAACCCCAGGCAGUGAUGACCUGCACUGGGAAAUAUUGUGGCCUUCUCCUCUCCUGGAUAGAGCUUUGCACAUUUUGUUGUCUACUAUCCUCCGUUUUAGUCCCUUAAAUGAAAAUCACAUUUGAAUCAGUGACCCGAUGUUAUUUUCCCCUCCAGAUGAGACAUCUGAGUAUGAAGAGUAAAGUGAAAAAAGCUGCUAAGUUUUCUGAAUCAAGCAAAAUGAAGAAAAUGCUCUUUUUUUAAAUGAAGAACGUGAACAGUGAUUGUACGAUUGAUGAUGACCUAUACCUGAAAAUAUUUUAUUUUGUAAAUACUGUUGUAAAGCACUCGAGUUAAUGGUGGAGUUGCCUUCUACAUUUGUAAAUUUCAAUCGAGAUGUAAAUAUGUAUAAGAUUCCUCUAUUUAUUUGUGGGAAGGGUUUUUGGUUGUUGUUACUUGGUUGUAAAUAUACUACAUAUAUAUAUGUGUGUGUGUGUG